AAGCUUCCCCUGGCUCUCACCACCAAGUCCAUCUCCGAGCGCAAGAGCCAGCUGGGAGGAGUCGCCGAGCAGCGCGGCACGGGGGGAGGAGGAGGAGGCGGGGCUCGUAAGGCCCACUCCACGCCGGCCCGAGACAUGGACAACGAGUCGCAGUACUCGGGCUACUCAUACAAGUCCUCCCACUCCAGAAGCUCACGCAAGCACAGGGAUCGGAGGGAUCGUCAUCGCUCUAAGAGCCGAGACAGCAGCAGUCGUGGAGACAAAUCCGUCACCAUCCAGACUCCUGGAGAGCCGCUGCUGGACGCCGAGUCGACCCGCGGAGAUGAACGGGAUGAUAACUGGGGCGAGACCACCACUGUCGUCACCGGCACCUCAGAACACAGCAUCUCGAACGAGGACCUGACCCGCAUCACCAAAGAUUUGGAGGAGUCGACCCCGCUGGAGUGCAAGCGCUUCGUGGGCCCGGCUCUGGGAGGCUGCCUGAGCUUCUUCGCCCUGGUCACGCCUCUCGCCUUCCUCAUCCUCCCACAGGUCCUGUGGCGUGACACCCUCGAGCCCUGCGGAACGCCCUGUGAGGGCCUCUACGUCUCCCUGGCCUUCAAGCUCCUGGUCCUGCUCAUCUCCUCCUGGGCGCUGUUCCUCCGGCCUCCCCGCGCCACGCUGCCGCGCUUCUUCGUCUUCCGCUGCCUGCUGAUGGUGCUGGUGUUCCUCUUCAUAGCGUCGUACUGGUUGUUCUACGGCGUGCGGGUGCUGGAGCCCAGGGAGCAGGACUACCGGGGGAUCGUGGAGUACGCCGCCUCGCUGGUGGACGCCCUCCUCUUCAUUCAGUACCUGGCCCUGGUGCUGCUGGAGGUCCGACACCUGCAGCCGGCCUUUUGCCUCAAGGUGGUCCGGAGCACCGACGGAGCCAGCAAGUUCUACAACGUGGGUCACCUGAGUAUCCAGCGGGCGGCCGUCUGGGUGUUGGACCGUUACUACAGCGACUUCUCCGUCUUCAACCCGGCGCUGCUCAACCUGCCCAAGUCCAUCCUGUCCAAGAAGAUGACCGGCUUCAAGGUCUACUCGCUGGACGAAAGCACCACCAAUAACUCUUCGGGACAGUCGCGGGCCAUGAUAGCAGCCGCUGCCCGGAGGAGAGACAACUCCCACAACGAGUUCUACUACGAGGAGGCCGAGAUGGACCGCCGGCUCCGCAAACGCAAGGCCAGGUUGGUGGUGGCGGUGGAAGAGGCCUUCACACACAUCAAGCGUCUCCAUGAAGACGAAGUUGCCUCGUCACCCAAACACCCUCGGGAGGUGAUGGACCCUCGGGAGGCGGCUCAAGCCAUCUUCGCCCCGAUGGCCCGAGCCAUGCAGAAAUACCUGAGGACCACCCGGCAGCAGGCCUUCCACAGCAUGGAGAGCAUCCUCACACACCUGCAGUUCUGCAUCACACACAACAUGACGCCCAAGGCCUUCCUGGAGCGAUACCUCUCCCCCGGCCCCACCGUGCAGUACCAGCAGCAGAACGGCAGGGGGCGCCAGUGGACCUUGGUGAGCGAGGAGCCGGUGACCUCGGCCCUGCGGCAGGGCCUCGUCUUCUCUCUGCGGCGCCUCGACUUCUCCCUGGUGGUCACGGUGACGCCGCUCCCCUUCCUGCGUCUCGGGGAGGAGUUCAUUGACCCAAAGAGCCACAAGUUUGUCAUGAGGUUGCAGUCGGAGACGUCUGUGUGAGGGGUCACACUUUUUCCCCCCCCUCCCCCUCUCCAAGGCUGUCCUCUCUUUGUGCCCGCUGCUGCUGGAUCACUGAUGUGGUGGGACAUGUGGAGGCCAUGUGAUCAAAUCCCAUUCAAUCAUUUCCCUUCUGGGACAAAAAAAAAACAUUAAAGGAGAGUCCGAAUCCUCCUCCUGUUUUUUUUAUUGAUCAUCACAGACGCUCUGAUAUCAAACUGUGAUCAGCUCAACGAUUGUUCAAACCUGGAACUAAACAGAUGCCUUGACUUUUUCUUCACCUGCGUUGUGACGUUUAUGUAUUUUACAACACGCUUUUUUUCCUAAGGGGUUUUUUUUUCUCUCUUUUUGCCUCAUCUGUUGCCGUAACCACUUGACUACUUUAUUGUGCUUACUCAAAACAUGAACACCAGAGGAGGGGGAUUACAUCACUUUUGUCACUUCCUUUUUCUUGUGUCUUCAAAAACAGACCUACUGGAGCUCGGCUCAGACGCUGGUGAACCACUGCCUCUCUGUUCCCUGUCUGUCUUCCCCUAAAAUGACAAAAGGACUGAUUUAUAUUAAAGGGUGUGACAUUUUUUUUUUUUUACACUUACAGAAUGUAGCAUAAUGUGCUUUGAAUUAACACAUGGUUUUUUUUUUUUUUUUGCGGCCUGAAGGCCAAAAUGUAUUUUUAUCUGACUGUAAAGAAAAUGGAAGAACAUUCCUGAGCUACUCCAGACUCUCUCUGUUCACGAUUGUCUAAAUAUGCAGGUUUUGUUUUUAUUCUACACUGGCAUUUUUACUUUUCAUUUUACAGUUUUUUUUUUUACCAAGAAGACUAAACAAAGACCCCAUUGGUGCCUGAUAUUAUCAUGCAAUCUUAAUCAGCUUAUUUUAACCUGGAUAAGGAUGUUAAAGCAUAAGCCUGCUGUUAUUCUGAGUUGUUCUUACUGUCAACAAAUCCAAUGAAAAUACCAGAAAACCAACAAUGUGUUUCAAUACUUUCUGGGUUCUCUACCCUGUCUGGAAGUCUGAAAUCAAUUCUUUACAAUACAUAUAAUUUAAAAACAUAAACUUUAAUAAAUUAAGAAUACGACCAACUAACUGGGCACAAACACUACUAAGAUGAGAGUAAAUGAUGCAAUAAGUGGGCUCUAUUUUAAACCACUGACUAAUACGCGCUAGUGAGAAUUACAUUUACCCACCCAGUGCAGCUGCGGUAGCAAAUACUUUCAUUUCAGGCUUUAGUUACACAAAUAAUAUGGUUUAAGAACGCUCAUUUCAUUUUUUGUUUUUAUCUUUUCGUGGGAUUCAUUGAAAAUAAGGAAAAUAAAGAUUACAUCCUGACUUCCCAUCUUUUGAUGUAAGGCAUAAAUGCAUGCAUAACUACUAAACCUUCUUCUAUGUGCAUCAGAUAAACCAGAUCUGGAGAUGGCCUGGAUGGCUUUGUGAUUGGAUAUCAGCAAUAUGUGACAUUUUUACCACAUUAAAAAAAGAAAUAAAAAAGAACGAUCAAAUUGAUGUCACUUUAUCGAAGCCACUUCCUGCCAUACGAGCAGACCGACAAACAUCGACAGGCGAUCUCUCCCUCUGCGAAGGAAAAAUAGAGCUUGAAACCGCUUUAUCAACCCGGUGCCUAACUUGUUCUUGUUUCUUAAGAAUAUUCUUAUACUAUAUGUAGUGCUCUAACUAUGAAUAUAGUCUAAUAUAAUGUAUUCAUAGUAAUACAACUAUAUCUGAAUUGUCAAGGAUAGAACAAAGAAGUUGUGGACCUUUUUUUAAAAGACGGAGACCGACGUUUAAAUUAUAUUAAUAUAUUUUUGGAAAAUGAGAACAAAAAUGUUAUUGCGUGAACAAACAAUCACUAAAAUCUUUUCAAGAAGUAAACAAGGUCAAAGGACAUCUGAAAACUUGUCAUAUCAGAUCAUAAAAGACGACGACGUGAAACAAGUUUAGGUUUCACAAGCUUGAUUCUAAAAACAUUUUCACUAACUCUAAAAAGGAAAUACAAUCUGGCAGCCAUUGUCUCUGUUAAGAUGUGGUUGAAAGCUUAUUUUUCACUUUUAUUUUUACACUCCGUUGACAAGUCCUUUACAUAUUUAUAUCCAAUCACAAUGCAGCAUUGAGCCAACUAGAACACCUGUUAAUACCAGGUGUAAAAGCACAGGCCUGUGAUCAGAUGUCUAUAUCCAGAUAACCUUUCCAUUCCGCUUGUUAAUACCAGGUGUAAAUGGGUCUUUUUUUUUUUUUUUUUUUUUUUUACAAUAUACACAUAAGGAAAUUGGUCCUAAACAGUCAGCUGUAGUUCAACUAUCAGCUGACUUUUAUGGUUUUCUUAUUUUCUUUUGUGAUGCAUUUCAACAAAAGAUCCCAAACCAGACGUGUGAUUGUAACUCCUCUCUGCAGCGAAUCACCGCAACUCGCCUUGAGCCACGAGCUGAAACGAGCACAGUGAACACGCUGCCUCCAUCCGUCAGCCUUACUCCCCCAGAUGUGGAGGAGCAGCGAUAGGGCACAUCUGUCACCACACUGACAAACUUACUGUAACGCCAAAACUCGCCUGAUGUUGAGACCUGAGCCGAUCUGUUCCAUCUGCCUCCAGUUUGUUAAACCACAACACGACUGACUGGUUUUCUUUUCCAGUGAAAGAUAUGGUUUUAAAAAGCCCUUUACAUUUCUAAAAAUAUACCCGGUCUAAUGUGUAUGACAUUUUAUCCGAGUGAUCAAAAUGCAGAUGUUUUUAAAGAUGCAUGUUAAAUUUAUUCCGGGUUCCAAAACAUUUUUUUUUUUUUAAAUAAUAACUUGUUUUCUAUCAUUUCAAAGGUGCCUAAGUUAUGACGAUGCAACGAAUGUUUUUACUUCUGAAAAACGAGUGUCUUGUAAAAAAAAUGUGUAGAUUUCAUGUAUUUUCCUCCUUUUGGUAACUAGCUUGUAUAGUGUGAUAGGCCUUUUUCCAUUAUUA